AUGCCACGAACGACGGCUCGAGGUCGCGCAGCCAAGCGAACAUUGAGCAGGAACGAUCUUGAAAAUUCUAAUCAAGAAGAACUGUCAUUUCGAGGUUCUCCUGUUGACGUUGAUGAAGUCGUGCAGCAAGAUGAUGAAGUCCAUCUGAGCGCGACGCGUCAUGAACAAACACCCAAACCAAAUGCAAGUGCCAAAGCUCGCCAAGUGACACGAAAACGACACAAGAUUGAACAGCCUCCUACUUUCCCUGAGAGCGAGUUUGUCGAAAUCGAGUAUGUCAAUCAGUUGAGGUAUAACUUCUCACCAAAGAAUGGGUUGGCUGGUGACUUGCCUCCUAUUCAUGAUCUCAAGCAAAUAUUUGAACAAAUAACUCUCCAUGCUGUUCACGAGAAUGGAUUCAAAGAGUUCCUCAAAUCGCUUAAUGGACGCCAGCUACGCGUGGCCACCGUUUGUUCUGGUACAGAGAGUCCCAUUCUGGCUCUCGAGAUGGUUGUUUCAAACCUGAAAAAGAUGAAUAUUGGUCCUUUUGCUUUCAAGCAUCUCUUCAGUGCGGAGAUUGUCGAGUACAAACAAGCAUAUAUCGAGCGAAACUUUCGUCCGCCUCUACUGUUCCGGGACGCAAUAGAGCUUCAUAGAGAGUUCGCACACACGGCAUAUGGAGCAAAGAAGAAGGUUCCCACACGACCAGACCUGCUCAUCGCCGGUUUCCCCUGCGUUGAUUACUCCAACUUGAAUAAUUGGCGCAAGAAGUUUGGCGAACGUGGAGAGUCCAACGAUACCCUAAGAGGUCUCGUGGCAUACUGUGAGAUCCAUCGCCCCAAGAUCGUAAUCCUCGAGAACAUCACAAAUGCGCCUUGGGUUGCUAUUGGGCGUGCUUUUGAAAAUGUUGGAUACUAUUUUCGUCACAUCAAGGUCGACACCAAGGACUUCUACCUUCCGCAAACCCGUGAAAGAGGAUAUGCCUUGUGCAUUGAAAAGUCUCUCGUUGAAAAUGGCGGAGCAUUGCUUGACAAGUGGGUGAACGUGUUUUCUGGCUUUGAGCGUCGAGCAAGUUCCCCUUUCACGGAGUUCAUCGAUGCCGACGACGAUGUUAUUGAGCAACGAAAGCUGGAGCGUCCCCCUGUAUCUGAGCCAAGGUCGUCGCCUGUUUGGUCUCUUUACAAGAUUAGACAUGCAGAUGUUCGACGAGUGACUACUUUCGGUAAUGGAAGGCCAAUCACGCAUUGGGAGGAAGGUGGUAUGUGUUAUCCUGCUACAUGGAUGGACCGGCCUUGGUUCUUCUCUCAGGUGGAACGUGUCUGGGACACUAUUGAUGUCAACCAUCUACGAACUUUAUCAGUUGGAGGUUAUGACAAUACCUCAAAGGUCCGAUGCAUUGAUGUUUCUCAAGGUGUUGAUAGAGACAUGGAUACAAAACCUUUCGGCAUAAUGAGCUGUGUAACUCCAUGUGGUAUGCUAUACUCUACAGCCCGUGGAGGCCAAAUCCAAGGACGCGAGCUCCUGUCAAUGCAGGGGUUGCCAAUGAACCGAUUGUCCUUGACAAGAGAGUCGCAAUCCCAGAUGCAGGAUCUAGCCGGAAAUGCGAUGAGUACAACAGUCAUUGGACCAGCGAUCAUAGCAGCUCUCAUAGUUUGCCAUUCUGUUCUGAAAGUUGAAAGCAAAGAACAGAAGAUGGAUGUUGACGACGACAUUGAAGAAAGUCUCCCGACCGUCGCAUUGAUGAGCUCCUACCUGAAGAGCAUUUGCUGGAUUGGCUUCGAGCCUCUGCAGUUGCGAAGAGGCAAGGAACGUCCCAUUGAAGACCCAGAAGAUGCAGCACGAUGUGAGCGGGAUUAUAAGUUGCGACCUUCCCCAUACUCCCUCUUUGAAAGAUUGGAUCAUAAGGAUGAAGAGAAUAAACAAAGACGCCACAAUUGUGUUGCUCUGAAUGUCAAGACACUGUUCCAUCGUGCAUGCGGAGCUAUAGCACAUCGUCGAGACGAUAGCACGGCAGUGGAAUUUUACUGGCGAAUAACCAGCAAUGACGACACAGAUAUUCCUCGCCCAGGAAGUUAUCGUAUUCUGAACAACAAUCAAGAACCUGGAGCAGCACAACCUCCUCACUUCAAACUCCUCCUACGACCUGAUCAGCUGCGGUCCUUUCGAUGGGUGCUAUCACGCGAGUCGAAUGAACAGGCAGGUUUCCCGGAAGAAGAGGUUGAAGAAGCUAGUUUGGGCCCUCUGAACUGGAGAGCAGAGGCAAAAGUCAUCGUUCAUCGUAAGAUUAGGGGAGGCAUUCUAGCAGACCACGUCGGCUUUGGAAAAACUGCAGUGAUCUUGGGUCUAAUAGACUACCAGCACGAAAAGGAUGUCUUGGAGGCAGGAGAACCGUGUGACAACGCGAUUCCACUAAAAGCGACAUGCAUUGUGGUACCUGACAUUUUAUUCGACCAAUGGCGAGGAGAAAUGGUAAGAUUUCUUGGUGAUAAGUACAUUGUUCUUGGGAUUGACAGCAUUCACGUGUUGGAAUCGACGGCAGUCAAAGCAUUCCAGUCGGCAGACAUUAUUCUUGUUUCAUGGACAACUUUCACGGGUACUGUGUACUUCAAGAAACUAGAAAAGGUUGCUGGAGGGCCAUGUCCGCCCAAAAUGAAUAGCAGUGUUCGAAUGUUCGAAGCAUGGUCUAAAGAUGUGCUUGGAUCAAUUGAAAUCCAGGUCAGGGCAUUGCAAAGCGGUGGCCCGGAAGCGUUUCUGGAAGCCAUUCAUCGCAAGCAGAGUUCUGUAUGGGGGACUGAUGCUUAUAAUCGUUACCUGCCAUCCAGGAAGCUCGCAGGUAAGAAGGGAGGGAAGCUCAAUCCUGGUGAAGAUCCUCUGGCUGCCAGUAAAGCACAUGGUGACGUGCUGAAUAGUUCCGUCGAUCAUUCGUCAUCCAGCUUGACGAAUAAUAAACCCACGAAUAUCUCGCCAAAGGAAGAAACUCAAAUCCCAAAAGAGUCGAAUAAAAAUGAAAAGCUCUUUAAUUCAGAUUUCGGCAUUCCGAAAACUCCACAGUCAUCGAUGGAGGACGUGAGAAACACCGUGUUUCAUAUGUAUCGAUUUCAAAGACUCGUUAUUGAUGAGUUCACAUACUUGAACCAAGAUCGCCAUGCUCUGUUGGCUUCUCUCAAAGCACGUUCACGGUGGAUAAUGUCCGGCACGCCCCCGAUCAAAGGCUUUGCAUCAGCAGAGCGAAUGGCUCGACUUCUCAACGUAUAUCUCGGUAAACCUAGUGAUGAGGACUAUGAGAAGAGUAAAUACAAGCGAUCAGAAUCCGAAAACUUCCAUUUCUUCAGAGAGGUUCCGAGUAGAGGAUGGAAUUUUCGCCGCAACGGCCUAGCACAGCAUUUUUGCGAUGUGUUCAUGCGUCAGAAUACUCCGGAUAUACCACCCAUCAAAUGGACGGUCCACUAUCGUCCCACGGUUUUGUCUGCUGUUGAGAGGGUCUUGUAUCUUGAGCUGAAGCUCUUUUAUGAAUCAUACAACCCCAAUACAACAGGCGAGAAGAGAGAAAAAUACAGCCAUGAUCAGCGCGGAAGAGUAAGCGAGAUCGUCGAUUCGUGUGAUACUCCAGAGCAGAGCCUCAUUAAGCGCUCCUCAGUAUAUGAUGCCUUGCCAAAGUGGAGUUCUGCGAGUGAAAGAAUCGACACAGCAGCAAAACUUUUAAAGCAUAGGCGCAAAGAAACAGUGAAAAUUCUCAGCGAAAUCACGGUACAGGCAAAGGCCAUUGUCUGGUUGUUGCGUCAACUUGGCCUGACCAAUCCUCGAUUUGACGCACUCAAAGGCAGCCUUGAAACAAAUGACUAUGGUGACUCUGAUGUUUCAAAUCGGGCGCAAGAUAUACUUGACGAGGCUCUGGGGUCAUAUCGAAAUGAUGAUUGGAAGGAAUUUUGGUAUGCAUCAAAUGGACAGCCGGUCAAGAUCGCCAGCGCUGUCACCAAUAUUGACGGCGAGGAGACAGAAGCAGACGAAGAAACUGGUGAUGAGGAACAAGCCGGCCGAGGAGAUCAGGUAGACACCAACAGCGAAUACGUACCGCUAUCUCAGCGAAACAAACAGACAACCCAGCCUAAGACCGAUUUAAGACCACUCCCCAAAGACACAUCCGAGACGGAAAAGGAACUACGAGAAUGGACCAAUCGAUUCAGGGUGAAUGUCCUUGCUUUGGUAGAGCGAAUGAGGGCGUCAAGAUUCGUGCAAUCAGCCUAUGCUUUUCAGGACAGGAGUACUUUACCCGAUUGCCAAAGCUGCGGACUGGAAGACCCACGAUCUCGCAAGGAACAUAGCGUCUUGGGUAAAUGUGGGCAUACUGUCUGCAAGGAUUGCCUCGAGAAUGUACUCAUCAACAACAAAUGCACUGUCGGCGAUUGUCGCGCAGCUGUAGACAAGCAAUAUGUGAUUCCAGGCCCGCAUUUCGCUAUGUGCCGAACCCUCGAUACGCCCACUCCCCCGGGGGGAACAAAGGUUGAAGCAUUAGUCAAGCUCUUAAAGGAUGAGACGUCGAUCCCCAAAGAAGAUCAAGUGAUUCUUUUCCUCCAAUUCCCGGAUCUUGAACAGACGGUGACAGCAGCAUUGCAACUACACAGCAUCUCGUACGUCUCCGUGGGGAUGACUGGUCGACGCGGCAGGAAUCGGAUCAAGAUAUUCGCAGAUCACGACAAGAAAGUCGCCAUCCUUCAACUGGGCACUGAGAAUGCUGCAGGACUCAACCUGCAGAAUGCCAAUCAUGUCAUAUUCUUUGCGCCAUUCGCAGCGAAAAACCACUACGAGUAUCAGAGCACCAUAACCCAGUCGAGCGGCCGCGUCAUCCGCUUCGGACAGAAGAAGGAAGUGCACAUCUGGAAUCUGGUGACGCUCAACACGCUCGAGGUCGGGAUACUUCAGGGGCAGGAUGGGCGUGUACUUGUAAGACGUGCUAAUGGGCGGUAUGAACUUGUUCUCGAGGGUGAAGUGAGGGUGGAUGAUGUGAAAGGGUUCGAGGUUCCCGUGUUCGAUUGGAAGUAG